AUGAAAUUCCAUAAUUUGCUAGGACGGUGUAUCGUCCCAAGCAUUGUCCUGCUUCCAGCGUCCGCACAAUCAGCUCAUGAUCUUCUUGAUGCUGUACUAAACCCCUCCCCAGAGUCACUACACUAUUCGUCCUACUCUUCCGCAAUCUAUUUCAACGCUACGCUUUUCAACCAAACGCCAGUAGCUCCCACGAACUACGACAGACUCGAAGCAUCUGCUAAGGAGAUCCUGCCUCGAAAUGCUUAUGACUACGCAGCAGGAGGAGCUGGUCUUGAAAAGACAGUUGCGUCCAACCGUCAAGCCUUCGACCAGGUAACGUAUUCCACAUCUCCCACCUCUCUACAUCAUAUUAACUGUCCUUUGAAGUGGAAUAUACUUCCACGCGUGAUGCGCCCCGUUCUUCCCGCCCGCAACCUUAGCAGAGUAAUCUUCAAUCGCACGCUUCCAGCGCCAAUCGUUAUGGCACCCGUGGGAGUCCAAACGCUCUUCCAUCCAGACGGCGAACGCGCUACAUCCAAAGUUUUCGGUGAAGAAGGGCUUCCAUUCACCUUAAGCACGGCUUCUAGCACCGGUUUCGCCGACGCCGCAACUUCAAACGGUGAGGGCAACCCGCGGUGGUACCAGCUAUAUUGGCCAUCUGACGAUGACCUCACACGCUCGUACCUUCGCACCGCCCUCGCAGAGGGGUACGAAGUUCUUGUCCUCACAGUGGAUACGUGGGACUUGGGCUGGCGAACACGGGAUUUAGAUCGUGGGUAUUUUCCAUUUGCUGGAGGUGUUGGGGUGCAGAUUGGGUUGGAAGAUCCCGUCGCACACGAGCAACUUGGGUUCAAUGCGCUUGCGCCCAAUGCGACUGCAGAGCAGCUGCAGAUGGCUUCGCUUUAUCACGUUAUCGUCACUUCAAGAGGGAUCAGUCCGGUCUGGGAGAAUUUGUGGAAGUUGAGGGAGGUUUGGGGGGACAAGCCGAUUGUAUUGAAGGGUGUGCAGAGUGUUGAGGAUGCAGAAUUGGCGGUUAAGUGGGGGCUUGAUGGCGUCAUUGUCAGUAAUCAUGGUGGUCGCCAGAUUGAUGGUGCGGUGGGCUCACUGACCACACUUCCCGCUAUUGUCGAAGCGGUGAAGGGUAAACUGACGGUUGGAUUCGAUGGCGGCAUUCGGACAGGUGCUGACAUCUUUAAGGCCCUUGCGCUCGGCGCAGAUUUUGUACAACUUGGUCGCCCAAUACUUUGGGGACUAGCUCAUGAGGGGGAGCGAGGUGCAAGACACGUGCUCAAAAGUCUGCUCGCUGAAUUUGAGCUCACGGUCGGAUUGAGUGGAUGCCAAAGUCUGACAGAGGUCACGAAGGACCUCAUAGUUAAGACUGAGGGAUAA